CUGAUUCAAUGGAGCAGCAGACGCCAACACCACCGCCAUCCACUCCUCAACCACCGGAACCUCCGCAGCAACCACCACCAUCACCCUCUCCUCCUACGCCAACAACCACAGCUUCCACCGCCUCAUCGUCCGCCGCUCUUCCACCACCCAUCACCGCCACCACCUCCACCUCCACCUCUUCACUCCCUUCCACAACCGCAUCACCUCCUCAACUUUCUUUGCCUUCUCCUUCCCAAAACCCUCAACCCCCAACAUCCACCCCAACCCCCAACACCCAAACAAGACCAGCAGCAGCAGCAGCCUUCAAUAGAGCCUGGCAACAACCUCCACAACCUUCCCCUAUAUCACACUUCGCACUCCCUCCUCCUCCUCUUCCUCUUCCCCCUCAUCAUCAUUCUUCUUCUUCUUCUGCUUCUUCUACUGCUUCUGCAUCCAAUUCUUCUUCUUCUUCUUCUUCUUUACUUGUGCCGCCGCCACCGAGGGGCGGGAUGGCCAUUGGGGUUCCCGCCCAUCACCCGGGCACUCCUCCGCCCCCGCCCACUUCCUUUUCAUCACUCACUCCGCCUUCUUUUGUGCAACCCUUUGGUGGGUUGGGCCGCAAUGUCACUGAUUCUGGGCCUACUUCAAGCUCUUCUCAGGUGAGGCCAACUGUGGGAGGAAUGCAGGGAAUAGGAAUGAUGGGAACGUUGGGUUCAAGUUCCGCAAUGCGGCCACCAGGGGUUCCGGUUAGGCCUGUGCAGUCAUCCCCUAGACCGCAGUCAAGUCCCAGUAUCCAGUCCCCUGCUACACAGAAUUUUCAGGGUCAUGGCAUGUUAAGAGUUUCAUCAGUAGGAUCUCCAGGAUCACCGUCACCUGGUAGUUCGCAGAGUCCACAGCCUCAGAAUCAACCCUGGUUGAAUUCUGGAUCACAGGUUAAGCCUCCUUUGCCACCAUCAAGGCCACAGGUUAGCCCGCAAUCCAUGCAGCAGCGAUCUCAUAUUACUCAACAGCAUCACCAUGCCAUGACAACAACUUCCCAGCAACAGCAAGCAUCUUCCUCACAACAAUCUCAACAACCUUCUACCUCGGGGGCUGGGACUCAAGAGCAUUAUGGACAGCAACUUCCACAAUCCAGGAUUCAGCAAUCUUUACCUAAUCAACAGCAGAUUGCAAGGAAUCCGAGUUUGGGAACUCAAAGACCUUCUCAUUCAACAAUACCUUCCAGUCCGGUACAGCCUGGGCUCCCUAACCGGGCACCCAGUGCAGAACCUGAGGAAUCUUGUAACAGGAUAUUAAGCAAACGAAGCAUUCAAGAACUAGUGUCCCACGUUGAUGCAUCAGAAAAAUUAGAUCCAGAAGUUGAAGACAUUCUUGUGGAUAUUGCGGAGGAUUUUGUGGACUCUAUUACGACAUUUGGCUGUUCAUUGGCUAAACAUCGCAAAUCUGCCACAUUGGAAGCAAAGGAUAUUCUUCUACAUCUCGAAAGAAACUGGAACACGACACUUCCAGGAUUCAGUGGAGAUGAGAUUAAGACGUAUAAAAAGCCGUUUACAAGUGAUAUUCAUAGAGAGCGACUUGCAGUGAUUAAGAAAUCAGUUUUGGCUGGUGAGACAUUGAAUUCUAGGAGCUCUGCUGGACAAGCGGGUGGACAUCCUAAGGGUCAUUUAGCUAAAGGCCCUACAAGUAUUGUGGGUUCCCCCCCUGACAAAAGGACGUGAACCUGGAUGAGGAACCUUUGAACUGCUGGUUCCAUGGGAUGGAGUAAGGGUUGUCGCUUUUCUCAAGUUUCCUGAGUGAGGCAGACUUUUUGCACCACCAUGAACCUGAGCUUCUAACUAAAGAGGAAUCAAGUUUAUUUAUGCUAAUUGGUGUGAUUAUUUGGGGAUUAGAUUUUCAUUUCUUCUUUAUCAAUAUUAGCAUCCCCUCAUUUCCACCCGUUGUAUCUAUGUAUGGUGCUAUUAGAUAUCCAGAGUUAGUGGAACAGAGCUUGAUGAGUUUUAUUCUAAGUUUAACCAUGUCAAACCACUGUAUCAUGUAGCAGAAAAAAAGACAAUUGUGAGAACAUUUUGCAUUUGAAGUGCAUGUGCACAAUGUUCUGAUAGAUGCAUAUCAUUUUUGAGCUUCGUUAUCAAAUCUACAUGGGCAUUGUUCACUUAA